GUUUUUAACUUCACAGACACAUUCGGCCACACUAUUUUCUAGAGGGAGCCAAUUCCAGCUGUUGAACAUUUUCCCUCAUCCGUGAGAAGCCUGCUUCCUCCCACUCUUGAUGGGAAUUAAUUUUUUAAGGUACGAAAUUCCUAAAUGGUCCCCUUCAUCUUCCCAGAUCACCUUACAAUUACCACUCGAUCAUCUUCUUCUUCCUUGUUUAAUCGUCUGUCUCCAUACAUUUGCCUGUUUGUUAGCUGGUUUUCAACGUUGCUUGCAGAUCUUCUCUCUCUCUCUCUCUCCGUUUUUUCCAGGGCCUACAAAAAUAUGCGCAUGAUUGGAAAUUUUUCUUCCCUUCCCUUUUUUCGCACCAAAAUACAUUCUACCAAACGGAUCAUUAAAAUAAAGAAGGAUUUAGGAUAAGGAUGGCCGGAUGAGUCGCCUUCCCUUCAAAUAAAAUAAAAUAUCCAAUUCAUCCGCGUCCUGAUAAGAGCAGACCAUAACAAAGGUGUUGUUAUUGGGCAAUAUGGUCUUUUCAUUGGUCGUCGGGUAAAACUGCAAAACAUGGGGCCGCGCCAUUCGGUUUUGGCAUGCCGGACAUGCUCCGCUCCAAAAGUCACCAAUCAUAUCUUUCCACGUAACCCCAUCCUGCCCGGUUGCUGAAAUCAUUGGACAUGUUUCAAGCACCUUUACUAGGCUCCACCACAGAGAAUCUCCGGCUCUUCCUCCUUCGGAAAACAAAUCCUGUCCUAUGGGGGUAAAAUCGUCAAUGGGCAAUAUUAAUCUCAAGCCUGGUAAUCUGGUAUUCAUUAUCGAGGAGGCAAAACCGGGACCGGUGUUGGUGGACUCAAAGUGCGUUGAUUAUAUAGUGCUUCUUCUUGUAGUGUGGGAAAAAGAUUCUUUCGUAAUCGACGAUCUCCUUCUUCUUCUUUCUCUCUCUCCCUCUCUCUCUUGCUGACGCAUUGGGCUCUGCCAUUCUCUUCGUUGUAUAUCUUUAGUAGUAGGCAGAAAUUACUUCCCGUGGAAUGGGGAAAUCAGCGUUUCAUGAUUCUCUAAAAGCUCUGGAAGCUGAUAUUCAGUACGCCAAUGAUCUGUUAUUAGGGUAUCCGAGAGAUAAAGAUGGAGCAUGCUUUCAAAUGAGACUGUCAUACGGUCCAGGUGCUACCUUAUUUCUUUUUCUUGUUCAAUGGGCGGAUUACCACCUGGCUGGUGCUCUGGGUUUACUGAGAGUUCUAGUUUAUAUGACCUAUGGAGAUGGGAAGACCACCAUGUCAAUAUAUGAAAGGAAAGCAAGCAUUAAAGAGUUUAACUCGGUUAUAUUUCCUGCUUUGUUGCAACUUGAGAAGGGCAUCACAGAUUUGGAGGAAAAGAAACAAAAUGAAGUAUAUGCUAUUAGAUAUAAGAAGAAAGAAAAACAAUCAAAAUUUGACGUGGAAAGAGAAGAGGAGUGUGGAAUUUGCAUGGAGGUGAAGGCAAAAGUUGUGCUGCCUAAUUGCUGCCAUUGCAUGUGUUUGAAGUGCUUCAGGGAUUGGUGUGAGAGAUCCGAGUCAUGCCCCUUUUGCCGGGGAAAUCUUAAAAGGGUCAACUCAUGUGACCUUUGGAAUUACAUAGAUGAGGGUGAUAUUAUGGAUAUCAGAGCGAUUUUCAAAGAGAACCUUAAGAGGUUGCUUUGGUACAUGGAGAAGUUGCCUAUUGUUGAUCCGGACCCCACGCAUGUCUCUUAUGAACCCUGUAGGAGUUAACGGCUAUAUUUACAGGCCUCAAGAACUUUGCACAUAACUGUUUCGCCGUACAUGCCAUUUUAGAUAGUAACUGAUUGUACAUAUUGUCCGGCUUAAUGUUCAUAGCAGUGGCUUCAUCUUAUGGUUCCAAGCAGGUUUGUGUCGUCUUUAUGCUUGAAGUUGAUAAUAUUUUAUUGUAAUGUAAUGGAACAGCCUUCCAGAAGAAUGGGAGGGCACAAUAUUUGCCUCAACUAGCUGAUUUAUCCUUGCGUUUCAGUUUCACACAAAAGCAAUAGAUGAGGAAGUCACUUUACAAUC